UGCCGCUUUUCUCGUUGAUCUACAACUAUGUUUAAACGUAGAUUCAAAAGUACAAAUUCCCUAAUUUUAUGUUAAACAAGCAACGUUUUUUCGAAAUUAUGGAUGAAAUAUCUUUUCGCAUAUCAAAUCAUCUAGAAAGAUUACAGAAAUUUGGGAUAAGGUUCAAACAUCUUUAGUGAUUCAACAAGGACAACAAUGGAUUUCUAUGUUUUUAACAAAUUGUCAGAGGUACAUUCGAGAAUUAUAUAGAGACCAACAUGUGCAGCAUAUAAAAGAUAUCAUAUACAAUCUGAUAACAUAUAUUCAAAAAUGUUUGGAACAGUUACGUUUUCAAUAUUAUUCUAUUCAUAUUAAUUCUGUACAAUUUUAUCGACAACUAGUAACAAUAUUUAAUAAUGAAGUCACAAGAAGAGAGAUCAUAUUUUGUCUAGCAGGUAUAACUAUAGGUACAUUAAUAGGUUAUAGCAUAGGCAGGAAUUGGAUUUAUUAUUCCCACCAUAUGCACCAUAUAAAAGCUGUCAUAUGUCAUCAUUAUAUUGGUAUUGAGGGUGUUUCAAUGAUAGAUGAUGCAGAGAUGCCAAUGAUUAAAAAAAAUAAUGACUUACUGAUACAAGUUAAAGCUGCUUCAGUCAAUGUUGUUGACACAAAAAUAUGUUCUGGUUAUUCAAAAGCUUAUAGAAGACUUUUAAAUUCUGGAAGGCAUAAGGAAAUUCCAGUAAUAUUAGGUAGGGACUGUUCAGGUAUAGUUAUAGACAUUGGACAAAGCGUUAUUAAUUUUGAUAUUGGCGAUGAAGUAUUUCUUGCUGUACCUUCAUGGGCACCUGGUACAAUGGCAGAAUAUAUAGUUGUGCCAGAAACCCUAGUAAUUAAACGUCCUAAACGAUGUACUUAUGAAAUAGCUGCAAGCAUUCCUUAUAGUGGUUGCAUGGCAUGGGAUGCUUUAGUUAAUAAGUCUGUUAUUAAAGAAGGCAAUGCAAAAGGACAAAGGGUACUUAUAUAUGGAGGUAAUACUCCAGUUGGAUGUAUUUUAAUUCAACUUGUUAAAUUAUGGGGUGGUUACGUAGUAACAGUAUCUAGACAAAAUGCUGUACCUGUAAUGAGAGCUUUAGGUGCUGAUGAAGUUUUAUUAUUGGACGAAUUAAAUAUUGAGAAGGAGUUAGAAUUGCAUGAGAAAUAUAAUGCAAUUUUUUAUACCGGUGGUCCAUCAACGGAAUCACAUAUAUUAAAGAAAUAUUUACAUCCUUAUGGUUCCUAUGUGACAACAAUGCCUGAGCAUUUGACAUCAGAUUCAUUGGGAUUUAUAUCAGGAAGUAUAUUUGCUGGAUGUAUAUACAUUAAAUUAUUGGUACAGUAUAUAUUUGGUUUUAAUAUACAUCAAUGGAAAGAUGGUUCUAAAAUAAAAGCAGAAUAUUUGCAAGCAUUAUCAGAAUUAACUGAUGCAGAUGAAAUACAACCUGUUGUUGAUAGAGUUUAUGCACCUCACAAUAUUGAAGAAGCACUACAUCAUAUAUUAGAUCCUGAAGCUAUUGGAAGUACCAUCAUUAAAUUUUAAAAACACAUUGUUUUCAUUUGUUAAACAAAAAUAUUUGUUGUUUUUCAAAUGUUACUUGUUAUCUAGUAGUAAUAACUUACUAUUUU